GAUGAGGUUGUAGAAAAGGACGGUUUCACAACGACACGCGCAGCCGCACAGCUCACACCUGUAACCCCACACACAGACACACACACAUAUAUAGAGAGAGACUCAGCGGGAAUACCACAGAGACACGAAACAAGAGAAACCAUCAGGUCGAGUCAGCGGGAAAAACCAUUUGACACAGCCGGGCUCGACUCCUCUGUUCGGACACCACGUUGUUUUUUCCCCCAGCGCUUCCACCGCCCAUGUCAAAGUGAUCUCCAUCGGUAACGAGUCUUCUCCCGUGCGGGGCCACGCUCUUCGCUGUCCGCUGCGCUCACAGACACAAGUGUGGUCGGUUCCCUCUGCACAUCACUGACGUUUCAGUCAUGGACCUGAGCUCAGUGAUCGUCACCACCGGCGGCUCCGCGGUCUUCUUCAGGCUGGUCAACGCCGGGGUCGGUACGCUGCCCAUGCCCGAGUCCGCCGUCAGGAACGCGUGGAAGUGGAGGAACAUCUCCACGUCGGGCGUGCACAGUUUCAUCACCGCGAUAUGGGCCGUGCUCAGCUUUUUCCGUCACCCGCAGAUGGCCGAGGAUCUGAUAGAAACCUACUCUGUGUUUUCUCAUGCUUUGGUGUCGUUUUCCAUCGGUUACUUCAUCUACGACUUCCUUGACAUGGUGCUCAACCAGAAGCUGAAUCAGUCCUGGGAGCUUCUCUUCCAUCACAUUGUGGUGAUCUCCUGUUUCGGCUUCUCUGUGGUCACAGGACACUACGUGGGCUUCGCUGUGGUCGCCCUGUUGGUGGAGAUAAACUCCAUCUUCCUCCACCUCAGGCAAUUGCUGCGUAUGGCCAAUAUCGCCGCGGGAACGCUGUACCGGGUCAACAGCAUAAUCAACCUGGGCACGUACGUUGUGUUCCGCAUCAACACGCUGGCCUGGAUGACCCGCUGGCUGGUUCUCAACCGGGACAAGGUGCCCCUCCUUGCCUACACGCUGGGCAGCGUGGGCAUGGCCAUCAUGACGGUGAUGAACAUUGUCCUCUUUUAUCGGCUGCUCCGGAGUGACUUUCUGAAGAAUAGCACCCGAGAAACGAAGAAGGAGAAGGAGAAGGAGAUGUAGAGGCAAGGAGGAGGAUUCGAUUUCACCCACUCAUUGCUGUACGUUUGGCUCAGAUUUGGUACCAUUUUGCCUUUGUGUUCAGUACAGUAAACUCAUAGCUGGGAAAAGAGCAAGCUUUCUCAUAUUGUACAGAUUGUAACCGGUGUGCCUCGUUCCAAACACAGAUCACACGCAGCCUUUAUCUUUAGCUUUGGCUUCUGUCCUCUUUAAGUGUCAUUAGUGGCUCAGUGAUGCUAAACAAAGGAUUAAUCAUAUGAACUCGUAAAACAACACACAACACCUUCAUCGUCCUGCAGGGUGAUCCCUCUAAAUCUAAAAUGUAGCUUAUGGUAAGUGAAUAUGCACUGUUUGUAAAAUCAACCCUCCAGCACCCAUGUAUGAAUUAGUAGAAUACAAAUCCUUUGGGUGUCUAACACUAAAAACUACAGAGGUGAUUAUUUCUUUCUUUUUUUUUCCCACCAAAUAUCCUCAACCAAAAACCACGUGCUACCUCGCAAAGCUUCCAACAGUCGUUUACUUCUUUCAAAAACGAUCUUCGCUGUCGGUGUUUGGCUGGUAGUUUGUUGUUAGAGAAGAGAAAACGGUAGGAACAACUUCAGCCAACACCAGUCCUCAAGCGAGGAGAGAAGAGGGUACUCGGAUGGUGAAAAAAUACAAAAAUACGCCAAUAAGUGGCAUUUCAAUUAAAGCAAAAUAGAUUGAAACCAUAAUAGCCUUUUUUUAAGGAUUUCGUAAAAAAUAACUCUUAAAGCUUAAACAAAUCAGUGAUAAGUCAGAAAAACUUAAAAAGAGUCAGCGUCCAUCAGUCAAUUUUAUUUUGAUAGAGUCUCAUGAUGGCGGACAGUCUGCAGUAGGAGCUUUCAGACUACCUGUUAUUCUUCAUCUGACCUGUGGGUGGCAGCAAACUCCUUAACAUCACCUCAGUGGCCUCAAGACCACCAGAGCUGUCUUUUAUUUUGUAAUAUCCUCAGAAAUCUGUGCCAUUUAAUUGUAAGUUGGCACAGGAAGAUCAGGAGAAAUCCUCAAAGUCAGUGUUUGAUCAAGCAGGUCUGAGAGCUGUGAAUACAGUAAACUGUGAAGAACGCUUCUACCUACUCCUCCCACUCACACUAUGACAUCAUGAUGAUGCCAUUUGUGUUUUUUGCUUAUUUUUUGUAUAUUAAUUGUCUGAAGGGGUUAAAUUGUGUAUAUGUAUAAUUUAUUUGUACUUAAAUAGUAGUUGGAGAUUAAGAAAGAAUGAACACAGUGUUCAUUGAAAUUCCCAGUUGUGAAAAACAAGUCGAUUAUAGUGAAGCUGAUUUUGUGAGUAAUGAACUGUGGGACGUUUUUCCACUUUGGUUAAAUAUUGUGAUUUGUUUUGUUUUUGCUGCUGUCGAAACCCCAAAACGAACUAUUUCACAAACGCAGCAGCAGUAAGCUCAGUUCAAAGUAAACAUUACACAAAUUGGAAAAGAAGUCAGUUUAUUAGGAACACCAAGCUAAACAAAUGCAGUCUAACACAGAGCAGUCCUGUGAUCGAUCUCACCAUCAUCAGGCAUCAUGUGGAAUUUUUAUAAUAGCUCCAAUGUUUUGGGGUUGUCCCCUUGGCCGUCCCAUUCUUGUGAACACGAUAUUUCAAGAACACCUUGAGUGAAUUUCUUCAAAUUUGUUCAAAAUGUUCAGUUUGACUCAACGAUGAACUGAUGAGAUUUUGGUCAAAGGUGACUUUGACCUCACGUAACAAAAUAGCAUUUAACUAGUGAUUCGAUUUUGGUUGUUGAAGGCCUCAAAAAAAGUUUUUGGGUUUCUUGAAUAUAAAAUCUCAUGUCUGCCUGAAGGUAAUUUUUUUCAAACUUUGAUCACUUGGACUCAGAGAUGAACUGAUUCGAUUUCAGGUAUGUUACCAUACAUGAAAUGUAUCUAUAAAUGUAUUUAAAUACACUGAACAAUAUAACCUUCAUGAAGGGAGGAUUUGUUGCUGAACUGAACUGUGUUGGACUCAAUGUAUUUUGCAGAUAAACAAUUGACACAAACAAAGUCCAUAAGCACCAAGACAUGGCUGCACUAAACAGACUGCACUGUUUUGGGAGGAAGGCAGUAGAGGUGGAAUUAUUAUUAUUGUUGUGAAUUAACUCCAUGUUGCCUUUUUAUGAGAGAUUAUGCUUUUUAAUUUUAUUUUAAAUUGCUAGAUUAGCUUUUCUUCAAAUGUUUCGGGCAGCUUUGUGGUUCUAGUUAGGAAAACUGGUGAUGAUUGAAAGUCUUUCUAACAAACAAGCUUAUGUUUGUGAAUGUUUUGUGCAAAGCUGUAAUGUUUUUGGAAUUACACAUGUUUGAUAGCAGUUUUCUUCAUGAUGUUGGCCGGUGCUCUUAUAGGACAGCAGUCAAGUCAAGAUUCUGCCUAGAUAAAAGAUACAGCUCUUUUCACUCCAAUUCUGGUUCUUCUUGUUUCUUAUGUCUUUGUUUUCUAAUCAUAAUUGCCUGAGGCCACAGGAUGGUGCUGUGGUCUUGUAUAGUUGUGAUUUUUUUGGUGAUUGGUGAAAUAUUGAUAUUUAUUGAGGAUUUUACGGUUAAAAUAAUUCAAUUUAUGAAAACUAUUGAUACUGUGCAGCUCAUCAAGGACUGAUCCAACCGUUAAGUGGGAAAACCUUAAAUACUGAAGCAUCAGAGACUGGCUGAUGUUUUUAAAGUAAAGUAAAAUCAUCUGUUGUCUCUGAGCAUCAAACUAUCACAAUAUUUUUCUUUCUGAUGAAUAUUAGUCAAUGUUUUUGUCAGCGUGUGUCAUUUGUACAGAUGGGUUUUCUUUACUAACUCACAAAGCAACAUUCACAGUGACAUCAUGGCGAUGGCAGUUUCAAAUAAAGGCUGGGUUAAUGGGGUCAGCCCUGCUCUUCCUGGAGUCCACAGCAAACAAACCUACCUUAUUAGUUGGACAACAGUUUUAUUUUUAAUGUUUUGUAAAUGAAAAUCGAAUUUAUGUUUUUUUUACAAUAACUAUUUGUUUAACGUAAAAAUAAAGAUCAUUGAAAUGAAA